AGCCUAGCCUGGACGACCGCUGCGCCGUGCACUCUUCUCGGGGGACUGCACAACAUUCCUGUGAAAUAUAACUGCUUUUAAUGGCAUGUGGCUUGUAACUUUACUUCUGCUGUAUUCUUUACAAGAAGUCAACAGUGAGGAUGUUGUCUCUACGCGGCUGUACUUUGUGAACGCCUCCCUGCAGCGGGUGACCUUCUCCAGCUCGGUGGGGGUGUCCCUGCCCUGCCCUGCGGGCGGCGCCCCCCAUGCUGUCCUGCGCUGGUACCUUGCCGCCGGAGACGACAUUUACGAUGUGCCCCAUAUCCGCCACGUGCAUGCCAAUGGCACCCUCCAGCUCUACCCGUUCUCCCCCUCCGCCUAUAACAGCAUUAUCCAUGACAACGAGUAUUUCUGCACUGCUGAGAACCAAGCUGGCAAGAUUCGUAGCCCAAGCAUCCACAUCAAAGCAGUGUUCAGGGAGCCCUACACAGUGCGAGUGGCCGACCAGCGCUCCAUGCGGGGUAAUGUCGCCGUGUUCAAGUGCCUCAUCCCCUCGGCUGUCCAGGAGUAUGUCAGCGUGGUGUCCUGGGAGAAAGACACUGUCUCCAUCGUCCCAGGUAACCGUUUCUUCCUGACCUCAUUUGGCGCUCUGUAUAUCUCAGAAGUGCAGAAGGAAGAUGCUCUGUCCACCUACCGCUGUAUCACAAAGCACAAGUACAGUGGAGAGACUCGCCAGAGCAAUGGAGCCAGGCUCUCUGUUAUGGACCCUACGGAGUCCACCCCGUCAGUGCUGGAUAGUUUCCAGUCCGGUGAGGUGCAGAUGGGGCACAGCGUUGAGCUGCCCUGCAUCGCAUCUGGAUACCCAAACCCCACCAUCCGAUGGCUAAAGGAUGGUCGGCCUUUACCUGCUGACUCCCGCUGGACGCGGCGCAUCACAGGCCUCACCAUUUCCGACUUGAGGCUCGAGGACAGUGGCAACUACAUCUGUGAGGUCACAAACAGCUUUGGGUCCAAAGAGGUGACAGGUCACCUUAAUGUCAUAGAUCCGCUGCGGGUCACCUUGUCUCCUAAGAACCUGAAGACGGGGAUCAGCAGUACAGUCAUCCUAUCCUGUGCCGUCCAGGGUUCUCCGCACUUUACAGUGUCCUGGUACCGUAACACUGAAUCUGUCCUGCCAGAUCAGCACUUUUCCAUCCAGGGGGCUCACAAUGAGACAUUGUUCAUUUCUGCUGCACAAAAGAGACACUCUGGAGCUUACCAGUGCUUUGCCACGCGCAAGGGCCAGACCGCCCAGGACUUCUCCAUCAUACUGCUAGAAGAUGGUACACCCCGUAUUGUCGCCUCCUUCAGCGAGAGGGUGGUGGUCCCUGGUGAACCCUUUUCCCUGAUGUGUGCUGCCAAAGGAGCGCCUCCUCCCACCAUCACCUGGACCCUGGACGAUGAGCCUGUGGCCCGGGACCUGUCGCGUGUCAGAGCCAGCCAGUACACGCUCUCAGACGGCAGCACUGUGAGCCACGUCAACGUCAGCAGCCCGCAGAUUCGAGAUGGAGGAGUGUAUCGGUGCGCCGCACGAAACUCGGCCGGUAGUGCCGAGUACCAAGCGCGCAUAAACGUAAGAGGUCCACCAAGGAUUCGGCCUAUGAAGAACAUCACUGCAGUGGCAGGAAGAAAUUCUUUCAUAAACUGCCGUGUGAUUGGGUACCCUUAUUACUCAAUCAACUGGUACAAGGAGGGGCUUCUGCUGCCUGACAAUCAUCGCCAGGUGGUUUAUGAGAAUGGGACUCUGAAGCUCAGCGACGUUCAGAAGGGGAUGGACGAGGGGGCCUACGUCUGCAGCGUGCUCAUCCAACCACAGCUGUUCAUCACACAAACUGUCUAUAUCACCGUCAAAGUUCCUCCACUGAUCCAGCCAUUUGACUUUCCACCUACUUCCAUCGGUAAAUUGAUGUACAUCGCCUGCGUGGUGUCAUCUGGAGACAUGCCAAUACGCAUCACAUGGCGUAAGGACGGGCAGGAGAUCGUGCCCUCCUCGGGCAUCACCAUCGACACAAAGGAGUUCAUGAGCUCCCUUCAAAUAUCCAAAGUAUCGCUCAAACACAAUGGCAACUACACCUGCAUUGCUAGCAACGAUGCUGCCACUGUCAGCACGGAGAGGCAGCUCACAGUUACAGUGCCUCCUCGGUUUGUGGUUCAGCCCAACAAUCAGGAUGGGAUCUAUGGGAAGGCAGGGAUCCUAAACUGCUCAGUAGAUGGGUACCCUCCCCCAAAAGUCAUGUGGAAACAUGCAAAAGCUGCACUAGCGGGUAUUGGGAAUCCGCAGCAGUACCACCCUGUGCCUCUGACGGGCCGUAUCCAGAUCAUGAAUAACGGCUCUCUACUCAUCAGACAUGUCCUGGAAGAGGAUCGGGGCUUCUACCUCUGUCAGGCGUCCAAUGGCGUGGGCUCUGACAUCAGCAAGAGCAUGGUUCUCACUGUAAAGAUCCCCGCGAUGAUCACCAGUCACCCCAACACCACCAUGGCUAAGAAGGGUCACUUGAAGGAGCUGAACUGCACAGCCAGGGGAGAAUGGCCCAUCAUCAUUCGCUGGGAGAGAGGCGACACAGUCAUUGACCCUGACCGCAACCCCCGAUACUCCAUUACCACCAGUCCCAAUGAAAAGACGGACGAGGUGUUGUCUACACUCAAGCUGAAACCAGCAGAGCGUGAGGAUUCAGUCUUCUUCUCGUGUCAUGCUAUCAACUCUUAUGGCGAAGGGCGAGGCCUUAUCCAGCUCACUGUGCAAGAGCCCCCAGACCCUCCAGAACUGGAAGUGCGAGAAGUGAAAGAUCGUAGUAUGAAUCUCCGGUGGACACAGAGAUUUGAUGGAAACAGCGUCAUUACCUCCUACGAUAUUGAGUAUAAGAACAAGACAGAUACCUGGGAGCUGAAGCAUGCAACCCGAAACAUCUCCCCCACCAACAAUCAGGCCAACAUUGUGGACCUGCACCCCGCCUCUGUCUACAGCAUCCGCAUGUACUCCUACAACUCGAUAGGCAAGAGCGAGGCCAGUAAGGAACUCACCAUCAGCACAGAGGAAGCACAGCCUGAUGGUCCUCCCAUGGAGGUGAUCCUGCAGCCAGUGACCUCUCAGAGUAUCAGGGUCACCUGGAAGGCCCCCAGGAAGGAGCUGCAGAACGGGGUAAUCAGGGGUUACCAGAUUGGAUACAGAGAGAACGGCCCGGGCAGUAACGGCCAGUACAGCAUUGUGGAGAUGAAGGCCACUGGAGACAGUGAGGUCUACACCCUAGACAACCUGAAGAAGUUUGCUCAGUAUGGUGUGGUUGUCCAGGCCUUCAACAGAGCCGGUACAGGGCCCUCUAGCUCAGAAAUUAAUGCCACAACACUGGAAGAUGUUCCAAGCCAGCCUCCUCAGAACGUGCGGGCCAUUUCUGUAACAUCAGAUGAGGCAGUGAUCACAUGGGCUGAGCCUCCCAGGAUGACGCUGCAUGGCGUGUUGAAGGGAUACCGCGUCGUCUUCUGGACUGUCUUUCCGGACGGAGAAUGGGGUGAAAUGCAAAAUAUCACAACCAUCAAGGAGCAGGUGGAGCUCAAAGGCCUUGAGAAGUUCACCAACUACAGCAUCCAGGUCCUGGCCUACACCCAGGCUGGAGAUGGGGUCCGUAGCAACGUCCUGUACAUCCAAACCCGUGAAGACUACCCCGGACCUCCUGCUGGCAUCAAAACUGUACCCUCUUCCUCCAGCAGUGUCGUGGUGUCCUGGUUACCCCCUCACAAGCCAAAUGGAAUCAUCCGCAAGUACACCAUCUACUGCUCCAGCCCCGGGUCUGGCCAACCGCUGCCCAGUGAGUAUGAAGCUAAUCCAGAGCUGCUGUUUUACCGGAUCACACACCUCAACCACCGGCAGCAGUACCUGAUCUGGGCUGCAGCCGUCACCACCGCAGGUCGAGGGAACUUCAGCGAAAAGGUCACCGUGGAGCCGGCGUCCAAAGCCCCAGCUAAGAUCCUUUCAUUUGGGGGCACAGUGACGACUCCCUGGAUGAAGGAGGUGCGACUGCCCUGUAGCUCAGUAGGAGAACCUACACCUACCAUCAAAUGGACCAAAGACAGUGAGGACACAGCCAUCCCCGUGUCUCUAGAUGGACAGCGUCUCAUCAUGACCAAUGGGACACUGGUGCUGCGCUCGGUCAAAGCUGAAGAUUGUGGUUACUACACCUGCACGGCCACCAACACGCUGGGCUUUGACACCAUCAUUGUCAACCUUGUGGUACAAGUACCUCCUGACCAGCCUCGUCUAACCGUUUCCACCACUUCCACCUCCUCCAUCACUCUGGCCUGGAUACCAGGAGACAAUGGAGGCAGCUCUAUUAGAGGUUUUGUGUUGCAGUACUCUGUAGACAACACCGAGGAAUGGAAAGAUGUUUUUAUCAGUUCUACUGAACGCUCCUUCAAAUUGGACAACCUGCGCUGUGGCACCUGGUAUAAAGUAAAGUUGGCUGCAAAGAACAGUGUAGGAGCCGGACGCAUCAGUGAGAUCAUUGAAGCAAAGACCCAUGGGCGAGAACCCCAGUUCAACAAGGAUCAGCCGGUCUUCACCCACCUUAACUCCAGCCACGCCCGCCUCAACCUGCAGGGCUGGGUCAGUGGAGGCUGCCCCAUCAACGCCGUCACACUAGAGUUUAGACCAAAAGGUACAUGGGCAUGGCAGAAUGUGCGCACCAAUGCCACAACAGAUGUGUUCCUGGCAGAGCUUCGUGAGGCUACCUGGUAUGAGUUGAAGAUGAAAGCCUGUAACAGCGCUGGCUGUGGCAACCAGAGCUCCCAGUUUGCCACACUGGACUAUGAUGGCAGUACAAUUCCACCAAUCAAAUCCCCUCUGGAAAAGAACGAUGAUGUCAAGAAGCUGUUUUCUAUUGGCUGUCCUGUGAUCUUGGUCACUCUGGGUGUUGCUCUGCUCUUCAUUAUUCGCAGAAAACGCAAAGAAAAGAGGCUAAAGAGACUAAGAGAUGCCAAAAGCCUGGCAGAGAUGCUGAUCAGUAAAAACAACCGCAGCUUUGACACCCCAGUGAAGGGACCUCCUCAGGGCCCACGGUUACACAUCGACAUCCCCAGAGUGCAGCUGCUCAUUGAGGACAAGGAGGGCAUCAAGCAAAUCGGUGAAGACAAAGCCACUAUCCCUGUGACGGACACAGAGUUCAACCAAACUGGAAACCCUCAGAGCUUCUGCACAGGUGUGUCAGUCCAUCACCCUGCCCUUAUCCAGAACACCGGUCCUUUGAUUGACAUGUCAGACAUCAGACCAGGAACCAACCCAGUGUCGAGGAAGAGCGUUAAGUCAGCCCACAGCAUCAGGAACCGCUACUCCAGUCAGUGGACUCUGACCAAGUGCCAGGCAUCUACGCCAGCCCGUGCUCUCACCUCAGACUGGCGCACAGUUGGCUCCCAGCAUGGCAUCACUGUCACAGAGAGUGACAGCUACAGCGCCAGCCUCUCACAGGAUACAGAUAAGGGUCGCAACAGCAUGGUGUCGACAGAGAGCGCCUCUUCAACCUACGAGGAGUUGGCAAGAGCAUACGAGCAUGCCAAGCUGGAGGAACACCUGCAGCAUGCCAAGUUUGAGAUUACUGAAUGCUUUAUCUCUGACAGCUCAUCUGACCAGAUGACUACAGGUACCAAUGACAAUGCAGACAGCAUGACGUCCAUGAGCACUCCUUCAGAGCCUGGUAUCUGCCGUUUCACUGCCUCACCGCCCAAACCCCAGGACUACGAUCGUGGCAAGAAUGUAGCUGUGCCCAUUCCACACCGCGCCAAGAGUGACUACUGCAACCUUCCCCUCUACAUGAAGUCAGAUCCCUUCUUCCGAAAGCAGUCGGAUCAUCAUGACCCAUGUCCAGUGGUUCCCCCACGUGAAGCCUCCAUUCGUGGCCUGGCCCAGCGGGCAUACCACACCCAGGGUCGUCAUGUGACUAUGGACUCGGCAAAGCAGCAGGCCCUAACCAUGGGCCACUCUGGCCUGUCCAACCUCAGUUCCUCUGGAGGGGCAACCGGAGGUGCGUCUGCUAGCUCUAGCAGCUCCACUCUUCCCCAGAGGACUCUCACCAUGCCAGGCUCCUCUGCCUCCAUGGCCCAGAGUGCAGCGGCCGCUGCUGCUGCCACUGCUGCAGCCGCUGCAUUAUCAUCCUCAGGUGCCACAGGAGGGACUCCUGGAGGUGCCUCCUCCAAGAUGGGAGGAUCCAGAGACUCUCUCCUGGAGAGCAGCUCCUCGGGCUUAGGCAGACUGCAGAAGCAGAGAGAUGGAGGGGCAGGGGCCUACUCCAAGUCGUACACACUGGUGUAGCCUGCCAACACCUCGGCCUGUCACUGUAACUCUAAAUAAAUUGCUGGUCAAGCCAGCGCUUGCCUGGAGCCUCUAUGAAGUGAGAAGAGAAACAUACACAUGCUCAGCUGACCCGUCAGUGCCUGCGCUGUGUCGGGCUGCAGGGAGCUGCUUGGGUUCCCAUUGACACGACUGUAUGAAGGGGUCAGAGCUGGGUCUCCACAGCACAGGGGUUUGCCUUUCUUUCUGCCUGAUUGCUUUUUAUUAUAAUUGUGUCAUCUUUCUCUAUCCCUAAUUUCAUCACCCUGGAAAUCACUUGCCAAAAUGUAAAUGAUUAAUCUGUUCACUUCAUUUUCUGGCAAGGACAAAGUACUUAUGCACAAAAUGCUUUCCACAUGCUCUGUCUUAUUUUCUGGAUCAAGACAGUCAUAGAAUGAACCAAGUUUUGUUUUUUUUAUGCUUUUAGGUUAUUAAAUACGUUACUUUUCUGGUUUCUGAUGGAAGAAGAGCUCAUAUCACAGCAUUGUGCCAUGGCAGGAUGCUUUAAUGUAUGCAUAAACCACCUCGGUGUUACUCUUGCUCUUAGUGGAAGGACUGACAUCUCAAUACCAGAUUUUUGAGAUUUGGAGAAUUUUCUUAUACAUGCAAUGGAUGACACAGCAUAGUGGUCUUAAUUGAUGCUUUUUUAAACAGACUCAAAACAGAGGACAUAAAAAAAGGUCAAGCAUCAUCAAGUGAAUCCAAACCAUUUUUUGUUUCUGUUUAUUUUCUGAUAAUGGAAAUAUAAUCUAAUGUGCACUAAGAAAAGUUAGAAUGGAUCCAAGUAACAGAAACCUUCACUCACAAGCCUGCGUGUGUGUGUGUGUGUGUGUGUGUGUGUGUGUGUGUGUGUGUGUGUGUGUGUGUGUGUGUGUGUGUGUGUGUGUGUGUGUGUGUGUGUGUGUGUGUGUGUGUGUGUGUGUGUGUGUGUGUGCGUGCGUGCGUGUGCGUGUGCGUGUGUGAGUGUAUAUGUGUAAAUAUAUAUAUGUAUACAUGUGGCAGGCACACACCAACAGUGGAACUUUUUAAAAAUCAAUCUGUAUGCUGACCUCUCGGGCAGAUGUCUGUGUAAACUGACCCCCCACCCCACUGUUGACUUGGUGGAUUCGGGGACAGUAACAAUGAUAAUGCUGACGAUGUAACACUAUGAUCCUAAUUUGGUCCAGCAUUUUGAACUUUGUUUUGUUAAGUGUGAUUGACAGCAUUGAUUAGGAAAUAAUACUGAAAAUGAAGUGGGUUCACAAAAGAGCAUUUACAGAUGAAACUGGAUUCUCUUCCUCACAACAAAGAAGGAUGAGACCCUAUUAUGAUCCAUCAUCGUUCCACAAUGUCAUUAGUCCUUGUUUUAACACAUUUUACCUGUAUCCACUUUUUCCCUUUCACAUCUCCCACCUUCACCUUAACCCACCCAGUCUCCCAUCAUAUCCAUACAGUGUCACUGUGACCUACUGCUAGCAUACGGGCUAGUUAAAAAGAUAGACAGACUGAGAGGUCUCUUAUGCACAGACAGGCAGAAAUGCUACUUGACGUUCAAUGACAACUUGAAUGGAAGGAAAAGUUGCAAACGUACAGCAAAUUUAUCGAGAUGUAUAAAAGAAAAUAAUAUUUGUAUGAAAUGAUCUUGAAUUGAUGAACGGACAAUGACUUUAAGAUUAUAGACAGAGAUCAAGUUUUGACAGAAUUAUCAGAAGAGGGGAGAGGGGGCUGCAUAGCAGAGAAACAAGUGGUCUUUACAACUAAGAGAUGUGUUUUCAAGUCCUUCCAUCUCACUGAAGUUUAUUUGAGCUUUAUGCAUGGUAAUGUAUCUGCUGAGUUUUGGUUAAUUUGUUUUUCCCAUUUCUUCUCCCAAAGCUUAAUCCCAUAACAAAGAUCGUUCCAAAAAGAGUUGCUCCAAAUGUUUUGCACUGGCAAAACGUAACAUCAGGGCUCUCGCAAUAGAAAAAAAGAUAUGAUAUAUGUUUGUUUUCAAAAGUAUGUACAUAUAUAUUUCUAUUCAAAUAUAUAGCAAAUAUAUGAAUAUUAAAAAAGCAGAGAAAUAUAAAAAAACGUUCUAAUUGAAUAUAUAUAUAAAAGAUCACAAGACAAUCGCUCAGAGUGAAAAACUGCGAGAAGGAAGGAAGAAAAAGAAGAAGAGGGAGGCUUAAACGGGUAGCACAACCAUGGAUGGUUUGGAGAUCUUGGAGAGAAAGGAAUUGGUGUGAAAGAAAGUUAAAUGGUGAAACUGAGGUUUGGGGAUUGAUCCAAUGACCCCCUUGUGAUAUUGUAAAUGUUCCAGCUCCAACUCCUGUGAAGCAGGUCGAGGCUGAGAGGACAAGCACAGUAAAGUCAAGUUAUAGUGUGAGAUUGUGUCGCUGGUUAACUGUGGUCUAUGGCUCAGUGCAGAAAGUGUGGUGUUGAAAAAGAAAACCGUAAAACAAGGAAAGCCUAUACAGUAAGUGAGCCUGUUGUAAUAUGUUGUAUUGUACCUUCCAAAGGUGUGUUCACAAACUCAAUGCCAUUAUCUGAUUUUAAUUAAUGAAAACAAACAGACCGAAAAGUAUUUCUGUUUCUUUUCUGUGUCAUAGCGAGCUCAAACUUCUGGACUGCAAGCCAAUAAACGUACUACACAGUAAAGGUUAUAACUGCUCAUAUAUGUAUUAAUGCUCCAUUUAAUUUAAAACUACACAGGAGAUCAAUGCAUUUAGCUUUUCAUUGUUAAUGGUUUAUUUUGGCCUUUAUGUUUCACGUUGUACAAAUAUUGUUUUCAGUAAAACAAGUCCGGACAUGGGGCCGUCCUGUUUUAACAGCCAAAAACAGAGGCUUCCUUAUAUACAGUUGUAUGGAUAUUGGAUGGAGUGAUGAAACAAACUCCUGUCAAACCUGCUUUUCCCUAUUCUUCAUUGAAGUUGCCUCUUAAUCACUGAUAUAUAGUCAGUUUGCUCAAAGUAUAUGUAUUGUAUACCUUUACAGAAAAUUCCACCCUCUUUGCCACAGAGAAUAUGUUGGUGGAUAAACACCUAUUUGCUUUCUUGCUGUAAAUUGGAUAAAAAUAAUAAAACUUAGCAAAAAGUGAAAAAAUGACAAUUUGGGGGUUUAGGGAGUUUUUGUGGACUAUUUCUCAGCCAGGAGAAUUAUUGUCCUCAUUGUGAUGUUGCCGGGUCCAGUGGAGACUUGAUGGUCUUGUUGUACUGAUUAAAGUUAUCUAAGUCCCUGCGAAAAAGCAAAAAGGCGUAUUUCUUUAAAUGUUUAAAUACUCAUAAAUUCUAAAUAACGUAUUCCAAGAAUGAUGUUUAAUAUUUGGUUGAAUUUAACUACAAACAGCCUGAUUAUUAAAAAAUACACAAUACUUUAAUCACUAUAAUCAUUUUUAGGACUAAAAAAAUAAUAACGAUUAAAGUAAAAGUGAUUUUUAAAAAUCAAAUGUGCAGCUGAAAAGAUGGGCUGUUAUUGUGUGAAAACAAAACAUUGACUUUUGAAUAAAAUAGCAAACCAUCCUGCCAUAUUAAACCUUUAGCCGUACUGUACACAGUACUUUUAUCAUUGUUGCAGCAAAACAAAUUCUCAGCACCCUGUGUUGAUAUCUGCAAUGUUUAAUUGACAAAUAAGUAAAUCAGGGUGGAUUUUAUCUUUGAUAUACAACACAAUACUUUACAAGCUGACUCUGAACUCUGAGGCCAACUUCAUAUGUGCUACUUCCCCAACCUUUUCCGCAUCUGCUCAACCAAUAAGAUCUUCCCUCUCACUGUUCCCCCACCUUUUACAUUCUUUUUACUCCAUAAUAGAAGACUUGUGUACAUAGGAAAGUGUUUUGUAUAAAUGAGUACUAUUUUCGACAUCUUCACUAGAAACCAGGGCACAAUGUAAACUUUGAACUGACGUUAUUGUAAUGAAACAGAAGAGGACAUGGAAAUACUAUAGGAUUAUACAGACACUGCUUUAUCUUGAUUUAUGAACCAUUUGAAACAUGUCAGAGUGGGCCAUGCAUAGUUAACAAUAUUUAUUUCUAAUUUUACAGGACAUUUGGUUGCAUUGUCCUCUUUUUUUAUGUUUAUUAUUAUUUUUAUUAAUUUGUAUCUUUUUUUAAACUUUAUCACAGGUUGCUUGAUUUAGCGUUUGCCUUUUUUUAAUUCCACUUUUGGGGGGGAGGACAGCAGCAUUGCAUGCUCUGAAAAUUUUGCUGGUUAUUAAAGAGAAAGGGAAAUGGUGAAAAGAACAACUUAAAAUGGCAGGUUAAUGAAAACAUUUUAAAAAUGCAGAGGUUGUUCCUUAAACUUUUACGGGGAAACGUUGCUUCAAUUUGCAAUUGCUUGUGUUUAACUCUACAUUUUCUUUUCUAUGAAAACAAACAAAAACAAAAAAAGAGUACUCAACACCUUGUGCAAUAAAGCUAUCUUUCUAUGAAA